UAUCGCCUCGGAUUCGCAACGGCGCGGCUAUCGAUGUGAUGAUCUGGCACGAUUCCGUGCUGUCGCUGAUGACAACCCGCAGCGAGACCACGAGCAUGGCCGAGGAAGACGACGUGUUGCCGGCGCGCCUGCGGAGGCUCGAGAUUGAUCGUCGCUCGACCAGCUGCCCGCAUAUCGCAACGACAGACAAAUCGAAACCGAAUCUAUUCAGGAUAUUCGGCGCAAGCUCCGACAGCAGCUGCUUAUUCCGGAGAAGAUCCGUGCCCAAUAGGCCUACCAUGUUCUCGCUCAAUUCGAGGGGCAUCAAGAGUACAACGAACUUCAAGCCGUCUAAGAACGAGAGAGCGGUCGAGAAGACCAAGCGCAGCGUCCUUAGAGAGGCUAUUCUAAAGUUAAGCGCGCCCAGCACCGGCGGCCUUAGUGAUAGCUCGGUGGACACGUUGUUCAGCAGCACGUGUAAGCUCAGUAUUUCCAGUAAAAGUCCCAAGAUGCUCGAUCACAAGUCGGUCAUGAAGGAUCUCAAGGCGCUAAAGAUUGGCAGGGACUGCAGGCAUGCUAAGGACGACACUAGCAUCCAGGACGACGACCUCGAGGCGGCCGGUACGUUUCAGCGCGCUCGCAGUAACACGAUGCCGAACCUGAAGAGAGGUCCGGGUCCCGGUGGCGGUGCGGAGCAACGGACGGCAACAGGCAGUAGCGGACAGUCGGACGCGAGCGGAGGUAUGACGGGGCAACAGCAAACGUCCAGCUCGCCGAACACUUGUUCGAUACAGGCACGGAUAUCGCCACCGUCCUCGAGCGACGUGACAAUCGGCGAACUCGCCGGCUACUUCGAGGAGUUUGUCCAUAUUCCAAAGAAGAUGUCGCACAUGGCGGAGAUGAUGUACACUUAAUGAUAAUUGUAAAGUAUCGAGUACGAGUCGCGGAUAUACAUACAUCCAUACACCG